AGCCUUUAAAUACAAGAGGAUUAGGUUUAGGGUCAAAGGGAAGUCAAGGGGGAAGCAACAUUUUUCGGGUUUGACUUUGACUCCCCAGCUCGAUCGAGUUGAAGCUUGGCCGGUCGAGUUGAGGAACUCGACCGGUUGGUCGAGUGGACGGUCGAGCUGGUCUUCAAGAUGGCUUCUCCCUUCUUCCUUUGCGUGUCCAGUUGAGCUGCUUCCAUGCGCCAAGUCCCUCCAUGCUCCUUAUGUCCAUAUGCUCCAGAAUGCUCCAAAAGACCUAUUUCAAAGGGCCAAACAUGCAUAUGUUAGUCCGGAGAUUAGCCUCAAUGACGAUUUCGACUUCAAUCUGCACGAAGGCCACUGGAUGAUUAUCUCAGGAUUCAUCGUUGAGUUAACACCAACUCCUUCACUUUUCUCUGAGAAUAAUCAUACCAUCAUCUUCACCGAGGAUACAGAUCUGCAUGUGUCAACUGGUGUUCAUCAAGACCAUUACAUGGAGUUCAAGGACUACACAUCUAUAAAGAAUGGAGUAUACAACUCGCAUCAUCCUAUCGUGAAGGACCACAACUUUAGACUAGCUCCUGCCAAGAAGACUUCUAGAGUCAUGUUCACAAUAAAGGGCUUAGAUGGUGUAACACUGGAAUGCAAAGCUUAUGGAGUCUUGGCGGAUCAGCUAUAUGAUAAAUGGUGGUAUCAUGAUACAACAGAAACAUUCAUCACAAUGAGCGACUGGAUGGUUUACGGAGAACAAAGAACCGGUGAGCUGAAGAUUAAGGAUGCAGGAGGAAUAUCUAGAUUUGAGUUCAAUGCUGAUUAUGAGGAUGUUUAUGAUUUCAUCGCUGAAUAUUUCAAUGACAGUGAUGGCUCUGUUGAGGAGGUGGUAUUAGUAUCUCCAUGA